UUAACUCACAGUAGAUGGAGAGUUUCAGCGGCGGACUGGUGGCACUGCUAAAGUUGUUAAAAACGUGGCAGGUGUAAGGCCCCUCAUCGUAGCGGCUCACGUUAAGGAUGAUGACAACAGCGCCUUUGCUCUCAAUCUGGACUCCAUCUCCAGCAAUCAACUCGGAGCUACUGUUACGCCAAACAAAGUUGGGAAACAAUCCCUCAUAGGUGCAGAGCUGCCGUUGGCCCAACGGAAGGAGGGUGAAGACCCAGUGGCAGAACAUAACAGACUAACUGGACCACUGAAUUCAAUAAGGGUUUCUUGACAUAAAAAUGACUCGUUUCUGUCGAAACGCCACAUCCACGACACAAAGAUAGUUGGACACAUUGGAAGAUGGUGGUCUACAUUGCUUUUCUGCUGCUGCUGAAUGGUAUACAGACGUCGGCAUCCAACUUAAAAAUCAGCUGGAGUGGCACAGUCAAAGCCGGAUCGAGCACCACAUUCACGUGCUCAUCCAACUGCUUCGCAAACUGCUCAUACAUCUGGUCCUUCAUGGGUCGUGAGUUCAAUGGGAGCACACUCUCCUGGACACCAGAUGGAAUGUAUCAGUCAGUGGUGUUGCAGUGUACUGAAAGAAAUACUGGCAUAAUCAGCACCACACAGACUAUUGUGGAAAUUGAAAAUCCGGUUUCAGUGAAAAUCAGUCCUCCCGAUGCCAUACCGUUUCUGAACAAGUCUGUGAAUCUUGUCUGCCACGUUGAUGGACUCCCACCUCCCUUCCACUCUGCAAGGCCUGUGGUUUGGUACAAGGAUGGGCAGAAGGUGAUCCAAGACCAUAUGCACCUGCGCCACAAUAGCACACUCCAUUUUCAAUCACUGGUACCAUAUGAUAGUGGAUUCUACCAGUGUGAGACUAACCUGAGCUCCAAUCAGGUUUUAAGUCUGGGCUACCUGUUAAAAGUUGAUACUCCAUGGAACGUAAGCAUCAGUGGGCCCGACGUUGCAUUCCCAGGACGACUAAACACGUACAUCUGCCUGAUGUCGUGUAUCUUGGACGUGGAGUGCACCGUGAGUUGGCCAUUGAAGGACAAUUUACCCCUGGGCAGCUUCCUCUCCGUGCAUCGGAACAAGCUCUCGUGGAUCCCCAUCACGCCUGGAACUUUCCAAAAUUUCACCUGCCUUGUAGAAAAUGUAGCAGCUGGACGAUCAGCCACGGCCACCAAAAUGGUGGAAGUCAGAGGUAUCCCAGUCUCUGGCUCCUCACAGUUGACUAAAAUAUCUUCCUUGACUUUCGGCCUCUCGCUGUUAUUGGCAACUUACUAAUCACCGUUACUUAUACGUAUAUCCAUUGUCGAAUCAUUAUAUUUUUUGAUACAGUGACUUGCUCUAAAAUUUGAUAUAGAAUACAAUUGAAGUGGACAUCAUAUGGAACAGUAAUAUUAACAUGAGCUGCCGACCCUCCCAUUUUAAAUAAAUUUGAUGCCUAUUUCCAUUAAUGUCAGUGAAAUUAAGUGCUUGUUGAAUUGUGUGGGAUCUCGGACUGCCUGCUUAACCAUCAACUGACACAUUAAAUAGGCAUGUCAUUUUUUUAGUUACGUCUUGUUUCUGAAAAUGUAGAGUACACAUCAGGGGUCGGGAACCUAUGUCUUGCGAGCCAUAUCUGGCUCUUUUGAUGAGUUUAAUGUCGAACUGGCCGGUGGUUUGUUGAUUUGCGCUCCCCGUCGAAUUGCUAUCUAAAGCGCUACUGAGCAUUCGGAUGGCAACCACACGCCCCAAAGGUUAUCACAGGUCAAAUGUCCGUCGAGUUGAUCGAUCAUUUUGACUACGACAUCAUUGCUGUUGUUGUUGUUGCUGCUGCAAGUGGGUAAUAUUUUUAAAGUAUAUUCAUUUUACAGUGCCUUUUGACCACUAACUUCCUUAAGCAAUUACGUAUGCAUGAAAUAAUAGAAUACAAUAUUGAUGAUAUUGUGAGAUAAUAACAACGUAAGGAAGUUAACAUUGUAUGAUAUAAUUAUUAAACAUUUGGAUCAAAUGGGUUUUAUGGAGUUUCAUGCUCGAAAUCAUACAGAAAUUGACUACAGUGGUACCUCGACAUACUAUCACUUCGACACUUCUUCGACAUCCAACGUAAAAUGUGGCAUUUGUUUCUACAUCCGACGACAUGCUCGAAAUACGACAAUUUAUGACAGCGCUGCAGUUUCUUUGUUUUCCCGACACACGGACUCAGAUUUUCUUGUGAGAGAAAUCAACAAGGGUUCCAAGAAUGUUAGUGCAGGUGCUGAAAAAAGGACAAGGGUGACGCUUACCACUGACAUGAAGAUGGAAAUGACAGAAAAAUAUGAGCGUGGAAUGCGCGUUCGUGAACUGGCUCGACAACAAGGCUGUAGAAUGUCUACGAUCUCGACAGUCCUCCUCUGACCUCCGUUCGCCAGUCUUUAUAAGUUGACAGUUAUUAUAAUUGUAACAUCGCCAAAGAAAUGGCCAACAUCGUCAGGUUUUUGUUCAUUUAUUUCAGAACUUGUGCAACACAACACGCCUACUGUCCGCCACAGCUAAACAGAACAUGAAAAGUGAAAGUAAAAACUCUAACACAACUCUCUCACUCUGUCACAUCAGCCACGCAGCGUGUUCAGGUACACCAUGCAAAACACAUCCGCCACAUUAGAAGCCCAUUUGUUACAUUAUUACAGGUAUUUUUAUUACUAUGAUUAUAUUAUUAUUCCGAUUUUCAUAAUUUAUUUGUUUUGCUCUGUGUAAUUGCUAUUUUGCAAUAGUACCAGCAGUAUUAAUUAUGGAUUUAGUGUAGGUUUUCAGGCUGUGGAACGAAUUAAUGGAAUUAUAAUGUAUUCUUAUGGGAAAAUCCUGCUCGAUAUACGACCAUUUCGACUUACAAACAAGGUCCUGGAACGAAUUAACUUUGUAUGUAGGUAUCACUGUAUGUACGUAUCACUCUAUAAUGAAAUAAGUAUAUUUUUUCACUAUCAUAACACUACAAAAGGUUUAGAGAAAGUGAGAAAGAAUCAUAAUAUUCAUUGAGAAACUGGGGAGUUAUCAGAUUAUGAGAAAUUACUAAACUUGGAUUUUUUUUUUGCAAGAUAAUUAGUUUAUUCAUUGCACACGUUCAUUUGCUUUCAAUCAUUUGGUUCAAAAUCUGAACUCAACUAGUGCUAAAAAAGAUACUGGUAUGCCUGUUUAAAGAUUAUAGCGAUAAAUUGCAGUAAAAGAUGCUGUGCAGCUCUAUCUUUUGCCAUCAUCAGUGUUGUUAAUAACGGCGUUACAAUAUAACGGCGUUACUAACGGCGUUGUUUUUUUCAGUAGUGGGUAAUCUAAUUAAUUACUUUUCUCAUCUUGGCAACGCCAUUACCGUUACUGAGGACGGAAAGGCAUGCGUUACUAUGCGUUACUAUAUUGGUCGAAAAGUCUGAGGGAGACGGACUCACCGAGACGACAGAGCAGAGCAGGAGUAGGGAGGAGGCAAGAAAGUUGUGACGCCGAGCAAACGCGAUGCUAGGUAGCUCCAAUAAUACAUGUUGUAGCAGAUAGCCGACAAACUACGCCGGCCCCGCAUGUUAUGGUAGAUAUGGUAGACAUGGUAGAUAUCACAUGUACUGUACAUAGAUAUAACUAGAUGCAAAAUGACAGACAUGGCACUAAAUGAGUUAGUAGACAGCCGCCAUCUUAAAGCAGUAGACUUUUUAGAACGGCUCUGUUGUAGAGAACCUUCCUAGCGGACCUAAGUAACUUUUAAUCUAAAAUACUUCUAAAUCGGCAAAAUCUUGACUUGAAUCUAUCUUUAAAUCAUGAAACAGUUUUAAAACUUUCAUAUGUCGAAAGUAGAGAGAAGGGAACCAAUGCAGUUGAUUCAGGGUAAAGGGUAAAUUAGGGUAAAGAAUUGGGCUUGGGCCAAUUGUACCAAAAACCUUCACAAAAAACUUCCCAUCGUGUGGCCAAUGUUUUUUUUUUUUGUUUUUUUUUUUGAGGAAAAGAAAAAAAAGUAAUUAUCACCAAUUACUUUGCCAAGUAACUAAUUACUCUUACAUUCAGGUAAUUGAGUUACUAACGCAAUUACUUUUUGGGAGAAGUAAUUUGUAACUAUAAUUAAUUACUUUUUUUCAGUAAGAUUAACAACACUGGCCAUCAUCCCCCCUAUAGUUAUUCUAUAAAAUAUUAUUGUUUAUUGUCUCCCCCAACUUUGAAAGCCGAUAUCCGCCCCUGCACUAAAUAUAUAUAUUUUUAGACAGGGUCCUUAGAGCAUGCAAGUAUUUUAGAGAAGUUGGCGCAAGAAAAAAAAAAAAAGAGCAUUUUUCAAACCUUGAAAACACGACAGUAAAAUCGAAGCAUUUUCAAGGAUUUGAAGGACCCGUACAAACCCUGCUAAUUAUUACUCAUGUGUAAUAGGUGUGAAGUUACAUAAUCCAUUUCAAAGGGUUAAGUAGACGGCCCAAUGUCAUGAGCCUGGCCCUUCUCCAUUCAUUGUAGGCAUAUCACACUCAGCCUGUUGCCACUCCACCUAUCAGGAAGCUAAUCAGCCAAUCGCUCGUAAUUACCUACACCUGCAACCUGUUACCAGCUGCGCAUGACACGGCUUUCAAGCAGUCAGUGUCAGUUCAUCAAGGAUUAAGUAUGCUCCUGAUCCUUGACCGCCCUUGACCGAUCACCAAUUCUGACCCAGUCAGCUCAACCUUCUCUGCUUGACCCAACUACGCCAGAUCUCCAGCCUGCUUAGACUGGACUGCCGACCCGACUACGCCAUUUCUUCAGUUCCUGACCGUUUUUCAGUGCCUGCCAACAAUAAAACCUUGUGUUCGCGAUACGCUACUGGUUCUCUUGUCAUAAAUCAUUCAGUUGUCCUUGAAUUAAACCGAUAUAGUCUAUUUAAAAUCUGCAAAAAUUGUAUCAACCAGAGGCUCAACAUAAUAUCUGUCAUUAGGUCAUGAAAUUGAUUAUUUACACCCCUAGUGUGUACUCUGCUGUACUUAGUUUACUUUUGUAUACGUUUGUACAGUAUGUGGGCCAUGUUGGAUACUGAUGAAAAAAUGAGUGCAUUUUUUGUUGUUUGUUUUUUUGUUUAUUCAAUGUUCUAACAAACUUCAUUUAUUUUUA